UCUGUUUUCCAAGCUAAUGGUACGGUUAGCUAAGCAUUGUUCUUUUAUUAAUAUGGGUUGCAUGUACUUAUGUAUAUUGGCAAGAGACAUUUCUCUGUCUUCUGGACACCGAAAAUGGGAAGAUCCGUGUUGCUCCUCCUCUGGUGUGUUUCCAUUGCUUCUUCAUUAGCUCCCGGAUUGAAGCUGCUGGCUCUAGCCCAACAAAAUCCAGGUUUCAUAAGCAUCGAUUGCGGGGCACCUAAUGAUUACCUUGACGAUGACCUUGACAUAUACUACAAGGCCGAUGCUGAGUUUGUAGAUUCCGGAACAAACAUGCAAGUGUCUACCCGGGUCAUCGACCUGCCCUUUCAACACCAAUCAAAGAAUCUCAGGACCUUCCCCAAUGGAACGAGGAAUUGUUACACAUUAACGCCAGAUGAAGGAAGGGGCAACACAUAUUUGGUGAGGGCUUCAUUUUGGUAUGGUUACUAUGAUGGCAAGAAUCAAACUCCAGCAUUUGACCUCCAUAUUGAUGUCAACUAUUGGAGCACAGUGGACUCUACAUCUUGGAUAUACGAAGAGAUUAUUUACACUCCUCCAAGAGAUUACAUACAAGUUUGUUUGGUGAAUACCGGCUCGGGAGUUCCAUUCAUAUCAACUCUCGAGUUGCGGUUGCUAGAUAACUCGACUUACCAAAUCAAUUCCGGUGCACUUGUGACCAUGUGGAGAUUUAAUUUAGGGAGCAUAGAUACGUACAGGCAUCCACAAGAUGUAUAUGAUCGCAUCUGGGCCAAUAAGACUUAUGAAGGUUGGUCAUCAGUCAGCAACACGACGGCCAUCGUGACGAGUAUAAGCAACGAUGCCUAUAAAGUUCCACCUGAAGUUUUGAUGACAGCCACACAAGUACAAAAUGUCACUGAUCUUUUGAGUCUAUUCUGGAAAUCAGAGAACUCCACUACUGUCUGGUCUGUAUACUUUCACUUUGUGGAAUUGCAACUGCAAGAAAACGACAUCAGAGAACUCACGGUAAAUGUACUAAAUGAAUCCGUGAAAACCGUCAUGCUGGAGAACCUAAAGCCGGUGACCAUAGCCUCAUUUCCCAUUGCUGGACUAUCUUUGGACUUGACCAUUAAAGCGACGGACCGCUCCACUCUGCCACCUCUCCUCAAUGCCCUCGAGAUUUUUCACGUGUCACCACUUCCAAAUUCACCGACUUUUCUUGAUGACUUCAAUGCUAUGUAUGAUAUCAAGAGAACAUAUGGGGUGAUUAGAGCUAGCUGGCAAGGUGAUCCAUGCGUCCCUAUGCAGUACUCUUGGAGCGGACUACAUUGUAGCCAUGAUAGUUCUCCGAGAAUCGUCUCGUUGAACCUGAGCUCUAGUGGACUAAAAGGACUGAUAGCGACAUCAAUCUCCAAUUUGACAGCAGUUGUAUCCCUGGAUUUAUCCAACAAUUCAUUAACUGGGUCCGUGCCAGACUUUUUAGCACAAAUGCCGAGCUUGGAAGUUCUGAGUUUAAGUGGGAACGACUUGAAUGGCUCUGUUCCUCAAACUCUCUUGAAGAAGUGGACAGAUGGAUCAUUGCGACUUAGCUUAGAUGGAAAUCCAAAUCUUUGCCAAUCAGACAAUUGUCCAACCAGCAAUGUGCAGCCAAAGAAAAAGGGCAUCUCUAUUGCUCCAAUCAUUGCAUCGGUUGCAGCUGUUCUGGCGUUGAUUUUAUUGGGAGCUCUUGCAGUAUUGUGGAUAAUCAAAAGAAGACAAAUCCAAAAUGCUGCUGCUAAUACUACUACCACCACUUUUGGAGGAUCUACUGGGACACAAGGAUCUACCGGGACACUAAGGUUGUCAAAAAAUCAACAUUUUACAUCCACUGAGGUUGCAAGAAUUACUGAUAACUUUAGAACAGUAAUUGGAGAGGGAGGAUUUGGGAAAGUUUACUUUGGCAGGCUUGACAAUGGCACCAAGUCGCAGUAAAAAUGUUAUCCCAAUCAUCAAAGCAAGGCUACAAGCAGUUUCACACAGAGGCCCAACUCCUGAUGGUCGUUCACCAUAGAAAUCUGGUUUCACUUAUCGGAUAUUGCGAAGAAUUUGAAAACAUGGCGCUGAUUUACGAAUUUAUGUCCAACGGAAAUGUGCGGCAACAUUUGUCAGGUUUGUCUGAUAUUCCCUUUUCCAAUAGCACGAUAUGUGUUGAGAUAAUUUUAUCUCAAUACCGUUUUUUGAUAGUUCAGACUUUUGGAUUAAUUGGUCAAUUUAGAUAUUCAAAAUAGCACCAUGGAAAUGAAAUUGACUUUCUCAGCGAACGAAUACAAUAGCGAACGAGCUUUACACCUUUCAUGAAUACUCCUUAAUUCUCUACUUUCAAGCAAGACACAACCCAAAUGUUUUGAGUUGGAGCCAGAGACUACAAAUCGCAAUCGAUGCAGCUCAAGGUACAUAAAGUAGAUCGA